AGAUAUUUUUCAUUAUAAAUAUGUUAGAAUUAUUCACAUACUCUCUAAGAAUGUGAUAGAAAUAUUCAUUAUUCGUAAUGUCACUGGUACGGACGCUCGUUUUUGGGUUUUGGUUUGUGGGAAAAUGCAGUUCGCAAGACUUUCCACCCAACUUUAAAUUUGGCGCUGCUUCAGCUGCAUACCAAAUUGAGGGCGCGUGGAAUGUAGAUGGCAAGGGUGAGAGCAUUUGGGAUAGAAUGGUACACAAUCACCCAGAAAAGAUACUUGAUGGGUCUAAUGGUGAUGUUGCUUCGAACUCCUAUAAUUUAUGGCAUGAAGAUAUAAAACUGGCUGCAGAACUACGACUAGAUCAUUACAGGUUCUCAAUCUCAUGGCCGCGAAUCAUGCCGACUGGCCUUCCAAAUAACAUAAGUGAAGCCGGAUUGAAACAUUAUAGUGACUUUAUUGAUGAAUUGUUGCUCUAUGACAUUGAACCCGUUGUUACCAUAUACCAUUGGGACUUGCCUGUUAAGUUACAGGAUAUGGGCGGCUGGACCAACCCUCUCAUAACAGACUGGUUUGAGAGCUAUGCAGACAUUCUUUUCCGUAACUAUGGCGACAGGGUUACAACGUGGAUAACGAUCAAUGAGCCUAUCGUGAUAUGCGACUUCAACUACAACAUGGGCUCUUACGCUCCAGGGAUUGUCGAGCAGGAAUUGGCUCCAUAUAUUUGCAAUAAAAACGUUUUGAUGGCACACGCCAAGGCUUAUAGACUUUAUCAGAGAGAAUAUAGGGAAAGAUAUAAAGGUAAACUUUCACUAGCAAACAAUGUUCUCUGGAUAGAUUCGAAGGAAUCACCACGCGAUGAUGUAUUACGAGACCUUGGUCGGGAGCAAAUGAUUGGUAGAUAUUCACACCCAAUAUUCAGUCAAGAAGGUGGCUGGCCUCCAAGCAUCGAGAAACUAAUGUUCAGACUUAGUUUGAAGCAAGGAUACAAAGAAUCGCGACUUCCUUCUUUUACUGAAGAGGAGAAGAAGUUUAUAAAAGGCACGGCGGACUUCUACGGCUUAAACUAUUACUCAAGCCGGCUCAUCAGGCCAGCGUUACCAGGAGAAAGAGGCUUUUGGUAUUUGAAUGACCUUGACGCUAUUUUGGAUCUGCCGCCAGGAGCGAGACUCACGUCUUCUGAUAUGCUACCGAUGGUUCCAGAAGGUCUAGGAAAGGUGUUAUUAUACUUAAAGAAUAAGUAUGGUAACGUAGGGUUCCUGAUCACAGAAAAUGGUUACCCUGGGUGGCAUCGUAUCAAUGAUAUCGAGAGGGUCCAAGGCAUUAGGGCUCAUUUAGAACAAGUAUUGCUAGCUAUAAAGAAUAAUGUGAGCGUCAUCGGUUAUACCUACUGGUCGCUUCUGGACAGCUUCGAAUGGGUUGCAGGUUACGAAUCGACCUUUGGCCUUUACAGUGUGGACUUUAACGACCCAAAACGCCGGAGAGAGCCGCGGCUUUCAGCAAAAUACUACGCGUGUAUUAUUGACAGCAAUUCUCUUAAUAUAACUAACGAAUGUUCAAAUAAUAUAAAUCUUAUAGGUUAUAGACCGAAUAAUGGUCACAGAAAUUCGUUCAUAGAUUAUUUAUUAUUAUUAUUGAAUGUCUCUCUUGUAAGGUUAUUAAAUUAUUAAUAUUACAUAAGUAUCUUUCAUAUAAUAAGUUAUAUUUUGCUAUAGAUAACUUACUUACAUACUUCUCUCUCUGCACCUAAGUUUUUAAACGAUCUAUUGACAAUUGACACUAUUCAAAAUUAAGAAAAUUCAAGUCAAAAUUGUAAUACAUAAUUUUUGAUUUCCCGCCAAAGUUUACGUCAAACAGACCGACUACUAAUGAACUAUGAUGGAUUUUUUAAUGAUUGCCAAUUAUAAAUUAUAUUUUCUUUAUAUGUAUAUCCAAUCGUAUCAAACGUUUUAUUAAACACAUAAUUCAGGAUUUUAUUCAAGUACUGCAUGUAUACACUCGCUGUGGAAUAUACCAUUGGCAAGACCCUUACAAUUGGUUAAUGUAAUAAAACAUAAAUAAAAAU